AUGAUGUCUGUUCAAAAUGAGACAGUUAUAACGGAUGAUAUUUCUCGUUCUUCUCAUCGUUCUACUUCAUACUGGUCUCGCCAUAAAAUAUCGUUAAAUGUGAUUCUUAAAACAAUUGGAACUCUUUUUAUUCCACUUCUUCUUGCUGUAUUCACUGUUGUUAUAACAUUUUCUCAACGAGAAGAGGCUCGUACUCAACGUCAACAAGAUUUACUUCUAUCAAGAGAACAACGCCUAGAAGAUCAAGAAUCAGCAAGACUUCAGCGCAUGCAAGAAUGGAAUUUAUCUGUUGAGCAACGUGAACUUGAACGUGAAUCAGCAGCAAAGAUGAGAGCUUUGAAUAAUGAACAACGUUUACAUGAGUUGCAAAUUCAGUCGGAAAACCGUCAAGAUGCAUUGUUUGCUAAUUAUCUCACUGAAAUGGGUUCUUUUUUGUUACGCGAGACAAAUGGCUCUUCAUUAUCAAAUGAUCCAAAAAUGGCCGUACUUGUUCAAGCUAAAACUCUCCAUGUCAUUCGUCAAAUUGAUGUUGUUCGGAAACGACAGCUCAUCGCAUUUUUGUAUGUCUCCGGUCAACUAUAUGUCAAUCGAGAUCCGAUCAAUUUAUUUGGUGCUGAUUUGAACAAUAUUGAUCUUCAAGGUCAUCCGAUCUUACAAAAUAUUUCAUUAGCUGGUACGUAUAUUAACAAUGCUUCAUUUAUUGGUCAAGAUUUGAGCCAUGCGGACUUGUCGGGUGCACAAAUCAAUGGGGGUAAUUUCGAUGGAGCCACUUGUCAACACAUUAAUUUUGAUUAUUCACAUUUAAAUCGAUCGACUUUUGUUGGAGCUAAUUGUGUUCGAGCAAGUUUUCGUCAUGCAUAUUUAUACGAUGCUAAUUUUCGUGAAACUAAAGUAAUGGAUACAAAUUUUGAUGAUGCUUAUCUUGUCAAUGUUGAUUUCUCUCAUUCAAAUUUGACAAGCUCUUCAUUUAUUAGAACCAAUUUAGCAGGAGCAGUCGUAAAUAAAAUACUAAUUGAACAUACAAUGAAAUUUAUAAAAACUAAUUUAGCUGGAAUCGAUUUUACUCGUGUUAAGUUUUCCAAUUACUUUCUAUCCAGAAUUUUAUUCGCUGAUGUUAAUCUUGUUAAUUCAUCCUUCAAAGGUGUUAAACUUGAAUAUGUUAAUUUUUAUUAUUGUAAUAUGACGAGCGUUGAUUUCUCAUCUUCUACUCUAUCUAGAAUCGAAUUUAAAGGAAGUACACUGGAAGGCAUUCAAUUAACCCUCACAGGAAUAGGAAUAAGUGUCCAUCUUCGUUAA